CCCCGCCCAGCGCAGCGCAGCGGGGCGGAGAGAGGCGGCCGCCGCCGGCGACGGGGAAGGCGGGCUGGCUGCUGGGCGCUGACUUUAGGAAUGCUGGCGGUGUAGGGUGCGGAUGGGGCACCUCUGGCAACUUCCACAUCUGCGGCACAACUCCCCACAUAGUAACAAUUAACAGCAGAAACGCCGGAGGAGGAAUGCAUGUGGAAGUGACCGGCUCUGUGGCACUGACUGUGUCUGCUGCUGCUUGUGACUUUUGAAAAUGGCAGUUUUGCCUUGAAGAUAUUUUUAUCUUCUACUGAUUGCAGUUGCUGUUCAAGCUAAGCUCUGUCUUUACCUUUGAUCCCCACUCAUAGUGUUUUCACUGUAAAGUUCUAAAAAAAGCAUCAUGCACCAAGAUCCUGGCUGGCUGUAAUGUGCUUUCCUUGGUGCUGGUGGGAGUGAGUGCAGCUCUGUGCUCAGCUGGCCAUCUGUGUGCUUGGAGGAGAACUUUGUGCUUCAGGUCAAUUACAUAUUCCCAAGCCUCCCAAGGGAUUUUGUGCUGACAAAAAGCCCAAUGUGACUCUUUGAGCAGCCCAACCUGUUUCCAUCCGAGAGAGGAAAACCUGAGCCAUUGCCUUAUGCUGGUACUGCAAUGCUGGCUUCUAGCUCGACCACUGUGAAGAAUCUCCCUCUGAAGAGGAGGCUCUGUUUUCUGCUGAAACUUGUGUGCUUUGUCAGCUCAGUGUUAAUAUUUUGUGAAUUUUUAAUUUACUAUGUGGUAAUAUUUCAAUGCCGAUGGCCAGACGUGAAAGGUGGAGCUCACAUGAGUGGAAAGGAGACGUCAGCUUCAGUCCUAAAGGCCAUAAUUUUAGCUGAUACACACCUGCUUGGUGAAAUCAAGGGACAUUGGCUGGAUAAGCUAAGAAGGGAAUGGCAGAUGGAGAGAUCUUUCCAAACUGCCUUAUGGUUGCUGCAGCCAGAUAUUGUUUUUAUUCUGGGAGAUGUUUUUGAUGAAGGAAAAUGGAGCUCACCUCAGGCCUGGGCAGAUGAUGUCAGGAGGUUUCAGAAAAUGUUCAAGCAUUCCGUUUUUACGGAGCUGGUGGUCAUCGCUGGCAAUCACGACAUCGGCUUUCAUUACGAAAUGACUCCUUACAAGGUAAAUCGAUUUGAAAAGCUGUUCAACUUUACUUCAGCAAAGUUGAUAACUCGGAAAGGAAUAAACUUUGUCCUAGUGAACAGUGUAGCCAUGGAAGGUGAUGGCUGUGCUGUCUGCCGUACCUCAGAGGCAAAACUUGUGGCUCUUUCUCACAAACUGAAUUGCUCCCAGCAGAAACCGAAUCAUUCCAACAAAAGAUGCAGUGAUGUGGAAAAGCUUCCAGCUUCAGAACCCAUCCUUCUACAGCAUUACCCUCUCUAUCGGAAAAGUGAUGCUGAAUGCACUGGAGAAGAUUCUGCUCCUCCAGAGGAGAAAAACAUCCCCUUUAAAGAAAAGUAUGAUGUACUGUCUCAAGAGGCAUCACAAAAGCUGCUAUGGUGGUUUCAGCCCCGUUUGAUUCUCAGUGGGCACACUCAUAGUGCUUGUGAAGUGCUGCACGCAGGGAAAAUUCCAGAAAUCAGUGUCCCAUCAUUCAGUUGGAGGAAUAGAAACAAUCCUAGUUUCAUCAUGGGCAGCAUAACACCAACUGACUUCUCCCUCCAAAAAUGCUUCCUUCCAUUUGAGAGCAGAGUCUUCACUAUCUACUGUGCAGCAGGUGCUCUGCUUGUGAUCCUGGUACUAGCUCAUGUUCAGCUUCUCACUCCACCGUUUUAUUUUGCUCAGCGUUUAAUCAGUAAGCAUAAAGCAGUAUGAAGAGCCAGACAUCUGCAUUCAGUCACUGAAAUACCAAAGCUGAGAACAGUCAAACAUCAGACUAUAUUCAUGCCAGCAAAUGACCUAAUUUGAUUGCUAGUCUGAAGGCAGGUUGCAUUUACACAUACCAUAGAAGUCCUAUACAGCUGAUAUGACUACUACAGGAUAAAUAAUUAACUGAAAUGAACGUUUCAUGCUGUACAAAAAUACUGUAUUCGACAAUCAAAUGAGUCCUUUUCCUGCUAUAAUUUUUGUAUCAAAUAUGUAUAUUAAAAGUGUAACUGUACAUUAUGUAAA